GGGACCCUGUGUUGCUCCCCAGGCUGGAUCAAGACCUUUGACAAGUACUACGCGGAGCAGACCCAGCACAUCCUCAACAGCAUGGUGACCAAGCUGCAGGAGGACCCCCGGCGCCGCUUCCUCUGGGCCGAAGUCUCCUUCUUCGCCAAGUGGUGGGACAACAUCAGCACCCAGAAGAGAGCGGCCGUCCGGAGGCUGGUGGGCACCGGGCAGCUGGAGAUGGCCACCGGAGGCUGGGUCAUGCCCGACGAGGCCAACUCCCAUUACUUUGCGCUGAUCGACCAGCUCAUCGAGGGACACCAGUGGCUGGAGAAGAACCUCGGUGUGACCCCGCGCUCGGGCUGGGCCGUGGACCCCUUCGGACACAGCCCCACCAUGGCUUACCUGCUGCGCCGUGCCAACCUGACCAGCAUGCUGAUUCAGAGGGUGCACUAUGCCAUCAAGAAGCACUUCGCUGCCACCCACAGCCUGGAGUUCAUGUGGAGGCAGAGCUGGGACUCGGACUCCAGCACAGACAUCUUCUGCCACAUGAUGCCCUUCUACAGCUACGACGUCCCCCACACCUGCGGCCCGGACCCCAAGAUCUGCUGCCAGUUCGAUUUCAAACGCCUGCCUGGCGGGCGCAUCAACUGCCCGUGGAAGGUGCCUCCUCGCGCCAUCACAGAGGCCAAUGUGGCCGAGAGGGCAGCCCUGCUCCUGGACCAGUACCGCAAGAAGUCCCGGCUCUUCCGGAGCAACGUGCUGCUGGUGCCGCUGGGCGACGACUUCCGCUACGACAAGCCCCAGGAGUGGGACGCCCAGUUCUUCAACUACCAGCGGCUCUUCGACUUCCUCAACAGCAAGCCCGACCUCCACGUGCAGGCCCAGUUUGGCACCCUCUCCGACUACUUUGACGCCCUGUACAAGAGGACGGGGGUGGAGCCGGGGGCCCAGCCCCCGGGGUUUCCCGUGCUGAGCGGAGAUUUCUUCUCCUACGCGGACCGGGAGGACCAUUACUGGACCGGCUACUACACCUCCCGGCCGUUCUACAAGAGCCUGGACCGCGUCCUGGAGGCGCACCUGCGCGGGGCGGAGAUUCUCUACAGCCUGGCAGCCGCUCACGCCCGCCGCUCCGGCCUGGCCAGCCAGUACCCGCUCUCGAACUUCGCCCUCCUGACCGAGGCCCGGCGCACCCUGGGGCUCUUCCAGCACCACGACGCCAUCACGGGCACUGCCAAGGAGGCCGUGGUGGUGGACUACGGGGUCAGGCUGCUGCGCUCCCUCGUCAGCCUGAAGCAGGUCAUCAUCAACGCGGCUCACUACCUGGUGCUGGGGGACAAGGAGGCCUACCGCUUCGACCCCGAGGCGCCCUUCCUCCACAUGGAUGACACCCGCUUAAACCACGACGCCCUGCCAGAGCCCACGCUGAUCCAGCUGGACGCCUCGCCCAGGUACGUGGUGCUCUUCAACCCGCUGGACCAGGAGCGGCUCAGCGUGGUGUCCCUGCUCGUCAGCUCGCCCCGGGUGCGCGUCCUGUCGGACGAGGGCCAGCCCCUGGCCGUGCAGGUCAGCGCGUACUGGAGGUCCGCCACCGACAUGGUCCCUGACGUCUACCAGGUGUCUGUGCCCGUCCGCCUGCCGGCGCUGGGCCUGGGCGUCCUGCAGCUGCAGCCGGGCCUGGACGCCCACCGCACCCUGCCCUCCUCCGUGCGCGUCUACCUGCAGGGCCGGAAGCUGGCCGUCAGCCGGCACGAGGCCUUCCCCCUCCGCGUCAUGGACUCCGGUCCCGGCAACUUCGCCCUCAGCAACCGCUACAUGCAGGGUCUCAGGCCGGGGCCUGCCGGGCACAGCUCCUUCCCGGCCCGGCCCUGGGCGGGCCCCUCCCUGCUCUGCCCUGUGCCGGGGCUCAGUGCCACCUGCUCUCUCUCCCAGCCCUACGUGCCCAAGGAGCCCCCCGUGCUGCGCGUCACCGAAGGCCCCUUCUUCUCGGAGGUGGCGGCGUACUACGAGCACGUCCACCAGGUGGUCCGGCUCUACAACCUGCCAGGGGUGGAGGGGCUGUCGCUGGACGUGUCGUCGCUGGUGGACAUCCGGGACUACGUCAACAAGGAGCUGGCCCUGCGCAUCCGCACGGACAUCGACAGCCAGGGCGCCUUCUUCACCGACCUCAACGGCUUCCAGGUGCAGCCCCGGCGGUACCUGAAGAAGCUGCCCCUGCAGGCCAACUUCUACCCCAUGCCCGUCAUGGCCUACAUCCAGGACGCCCAGAGCCGGCUCACGCUGCACACGGCACAGGCCCUGGGCGUCUCCAGCCUCCACGACGGCCAGCUGGAGGUGAUCCUGGACCGGCGGCUGAUGCAGGACGACAACCGCGGCCUGGGCCAGGGGCUCAAGGACAACAAGAGGACCCGCAACCACUUCCGCCUCCUCCUGGAGCGGCGCACGCUGGGCAGCGAGGUGUCAGAUGGCCACUCCACCAGCUACCCGUCCCUCCUCAGCCACAUGACCUCCGUGUACCUGAAUGCCCCGGUGCUUGCCCUGCCCGUAGCCAAGCGGCAGCCCCCGGCUCCGGGCCUGCGCUCAUUUCAUCCUCUGGCUUCCUCGCUGCCCUGUGACUUCCACCUGCUCAACCUGCGCACGCUCCAGGCUGAGGAUGAGACCUUGCCCUCGGCAGAAGCCGCACUCAUCCUACACCGCAAAGGCUUCGACUGUGGCCUUGAGGCCAAGAACUUGGGCUUCAACUGCACCACAAGUCAAGGCAAGGUGGCCCUGGGGAGCCUCUUCCGUGACCUGGACGUGGGCUUCCUGCAGCCGACCUCCCUGACGUUGCUGUACCCGCUGGCCUCGCCCUCCAACAGCACGGACGUCUCCCUGGAGCCCAUGGAGGUGGCCACCUUCCGCCUCCGCCUGGGCUAGGCCUUCCUGUGGCCGGAGGGGAAGGUCCUCCACGUAAGGUCGGGU